CUUAUUUUGCGUUACUAGUUGAUGUGCGAUAGACAAUAGUUGAUCAGUGUAGUUUUACUUAGAGUAUAAAGUAAUUGGAAAACACAUCAAACCGAGAAUUAAAGACAUACAUGGAAAUAAUGAACAGCAACUGGACAGAACUGGCAACAAAGUCCCAGGACAGAGUAGGUUGGAGAAUGCUGGUCGGCGACCGAUGCUCCAUUGGGGGCUGGUAACAGGUGUACGUAAAUGAUUUUAUAAAUCGAAAGCAUCAUGUCUCUCUCAUCAAGUCGCACAAAGUGUCUUGCAGUUACUUUCUGCAGGCAUGUGCAACCGUCACAUUUCGCCUUGCAUAUUUUUGAUUUAUUUAUGUCCUUCAAGUAUAUCAACGUCACGGAUCAAAACAAUUCAUGGCUUUCUCAGGCUAUCCAAAACUGUUAUCUUAUUGGCUAUGUUGAACCAUACUUAUUGUUAAUAGGUGGAUCUUCUUCUCAUUUACAAACCAUAAAGUUGUCAUGGGAUAGAGGUCAAAUUAAGUCUCCUUUUGGUUUCUCGAUCAACUCAGUGUCAGAUGUUGGCAAUUGGUUUUUGGAAACUUCUCACUUCAAUGCAAUGCGCUUGGAAGAGCUUAUAUGUCAAUUAGUUUGGCAAGUUACGCAGUCUGAACCUAGUUGCUCAUUGGAACGUCUAGUCAGAUAUCUUGAAGAUAUAUAUCUUGACACAAGACUUCCUAUCCCCUCACUAGAAGAUGUGAACAAUUCUUUGGUAGUCCUAACUCGAGCUGGAGCAAUAUAUUUUAGCGGUAAUGGAUACAAUCUUCUAACACCUGAAAAGUUAGCCGUUGCAAAAUGGCUUGAAAGUAUACCGGAAACAUGUACAGACUCUGAAAGUGUCUUGAAUUGCCCAAGCAUAAAAACAGCCCCUCUGGCAGAAACAGAGUCAUUUGGACAAAAUGCAUUCUCAUCUCAUCCAAUUAGUCGUCCUGAUCUUGCUCAAAACAACGACCGGCUUCGUACUACUAAACAUAAACUUGUUAAUUGUACACAUUAUCGAAAUACUAGUGCUCUGAUACCAGUUCCUGAAAAUCUAGAACUAGAUCACUUGCUCAGGUCUUUCAGUGCACAUUCCAUAAGUUCAUUUCACCUCCAAAACAAUCACAUAAAUCAUUGUAAUCCAGUUUUAUGUGUUUCACCUACCAAUAGGUCAUUAUAUCCUAAUUCUCAGUCUUCCCUGAAAUUUAAAAUAAAUGGAAUCAAUAAUAAUCGCACAUCUAAAUUUAUUAAAUCAGCAACAGAAAAUGUUAAUAAGUGUGAUUCACUUGGUGUGAGCGAUCCUCUGAAAUUGCAUACAGCUCGAUCCGAAAUCAAACUCCCACAUCAUUCACGAAUUGAAACACCUUUGUUCACCAAAUAUACUGAAAUACCAUCAAGCAAAAAAUUUCACUCCCCAGGUUUUUUGAAGUGGCUUUUCGAACGACUUCAACAUGUUCGACUUCAUUGGCGUCGCAGUCACCUUUCAUGCGUUGAAGAUCAAAUUGUGCAUCCUUUAAAAGGCAAAACAUCUCCACAAACAAUGAAAACAGCUAUGGAUGGAAACUGUAUUCCCAGUCGUCCUAAAAAUCAACUCCUCCAAGACGAUGAGAUAUACCAUCACAGCUUUUCUCCUAGCAACUUGCGUAGAUGCUUUAGCUUGUCGGAUGAAGGAAAAUCUAAAAAGAUUAACGAUCCAAUUACAAGAAACUACAGUUCGUGUAUGGAAGCAUCAUUCUCUGCAGGAAUUUCGAAUGCAGAAAUUAGUGGGAAAAACAGCAGAAAACAACCGAGUUAUCGAAAAAAGCACCUACAGUCGCUUCCUCAAAAAGAUAUUUAUGGAAACUAUUCUAUGGCUUCUUUAACUGUUAGCUCAUUAUCUUUUCCUAAAAAUCGUUUUCUAAGUCGAAACAACAAAUUUGUUAAUUCAGUGCCACGUAUAAUUACUUCACCUUCCAUGCUGGCGCGUAACCUUUCGAACGUCUCUGUGCACCACAACGGCCGGACAUCUACUAUUCGAGAUAGCGGUUUUGUAGAAGGAUCAUUUCACCCUUGUAUAUCACAUUCUCUAAUACAGACCAAUUUUCCGAGAUCUGGAAGUUCGCCUAUGCAUUGUAACCCUACGUCAGACAGUUCGCGAGAGGCGUCUAUCAAUUCCUCAGGUCUUUGGUGGUGUACAGCAUCCAGUCGCUUUACACCGUCCAUGGAAGUUUCCAGACCACAUUUCACUACUUCUAAUAUUAUGUGAAGCGUCACCAGAAUUAUUAACAGUUUCACACCAAACAAUCAAAAGUUUUUAACCCUACAUAUUUUAGCAGUUGUAUAUAAUGUCUUCCUUUGCAUUUACCACUGUUAUGCAUUCAGUAGCUACACUGUCUUUCCGAGAUUGGAAUAAACCUAUUUUUCAGAAGUACAUAUACAGAUAACUUACUGAAUCCUAGCCUCCCUCUAACUUAAAUUAUUUUGAAGGACCUUCUUUGCCAGCAUUUUUGUCUGCUUUCCUUUUGCUACCUUACCAUGACUGUAAUUUUCGAUAGUUAUUUAUUAGGAAUACAAUAGAUACAUAAACUCGUUUGGCUCUAGC